AUGGUUGCAAAAAAGGAUAUAAAGAAAAUAGAGGACAGAGGUCAAAAUGAGGUUAGAGCUCCACUUAUAGCUCAAGAUGACAGAAGAAAAGAGAAUAAUUGUAUGGUUUACAUCAGCACGUUUGUUGCAGUUUGUGGUUCUUUCUCAUUUGGAACAGGCAUUGGUUAUUCAUCUCCUAGCGAGGAUGCCAUCAGGAAAGAUCUAAAUCUAACAAUAGCAGAGUUUUCUUUCUUUGGCUCAAUAUUGACAUGUGGUGCAAUGCUUGGUGCCAUUUCAAGUGGACCCAUGGCUGAUUUCUUUGGUCGCAAAGGGGCAUUGAGAUUAUCAAGUGGUUUCUGUAUAGGAGGGUGGCUAGCAAUUUACCUUGCUCAGGGGCCCGUGUCUCUGGACAUUGGAAGACUAGCUACAGGAUAUGGAAUGGGAAUCUUUUCCUACGUGAUACCUGUGUUUAUAGCUGAAAUAGCACCCAAACAAUUACGAGGCUUGUUAACAGCAGCAAAUCAGCUCUUGAUCGUUUGCGGAGUGUCCGUUUCCUUUAUCUUAGGAACGCUGCUACAUUGGAGAACCAUGGCUUUGACAGGGUUGAUUCCAUGUGCUGUGUUACUAGUGGGCCUCUUUUUUAUACCAGAAUCUCCUAGAUGGCUGGCCAAGAUAGGAAAACCAAUAGAGUUUGAUUCUGCACUAAGGGAACUUCGUGGGAAGGAUAUUGAUGUAUCUGAGGAGGCAGCAGAAAUCAAAGAUUAUAUAGAGACACUGGAUAAGCUCCCGAAAGCAAGUCUAUUCGAUUUGUUUCAGAGAAGAUAUUUGAGCUCUGUUGUUAUAGGAGUCGGAUUGAUGAUCUUUCAACAAUUUGGAGGAAUAAACGGGAUCUGUUUUUAUGCAAGCAGUAUUUUCGAGUCUGCAGGUUUUUCUGCUGAUAUUGGUACAAUAACCUAUGCCGUUCUUCAGGUUGUGGUUACUGCCUUAAAUGCACUCCUUAUAGACAAGGCUGGUAGAAAGCCAUUGUUACUGGUUUCUGUGACAGGAAUGGCUUUGGGAUGUUUACUAACAGCAGCUUCAUUCUACUUGAAGACUUAUCAAAUAGGAGUAGGGGCAGCACCUGCACUUGCCGUAACUGGUAUACUGUUGUAUAUAACCGGAUUCUCAUUAGGAAUGGGAGCGGUUCCAUGGGUUAUCAUGUCCGAGAUAUUUUCUAUUAACAUCAAAGGUGCUGCGGGUGGCCUAGCGACACUAGUAAAUUGGGCUGGUGCAUGGGUUGUUUCGUUCACAUUCAAAUUUCUCAUGGAUUGGAGUUCUUAUGGCACGUUCCUCCUUUAUGCAGCGGUAAAUGUCGGUUCUAUUGUGUUUACGAUCAAGAUGGUACCAGAAACGAAAGGAAAAACUUUGGAACAGAUACAAGCUUCCAUCAAUGGUCAAUGACACACUGAUAUCAUCCAUUGAAAGUUUGUUAUUCAACAUUACGCCAUCGAGUGAGCAUUACAUCGACUCCAAAAUAAACAUCUAUAAGUUAUUUAACGUGUUUAUAUAUUUGUUUUUUGUUUGGAUUA